GGAAAAAAACUGUAAAUAGUAUUUUUCAAAUAGAGAGAGUUAGCUUGACUCCACUUACUUCACCAGAAGAGAUCAGCAGAUGAACAUCUUGUACACAUUUACUUCAUUAUAACAGCUUUGAUGGUCUGCUACGAAGAUCAUUAAAAAUGAAGUGCACUGUGUCCCUGUGGGCUGUGCUCGGUCUAGUCCUCCUGCACUUUGCGACUGAAGCACAACAAGCACAAGGAUCAGCUGACCUAAUCUUCCUAAUUGAUGGAUCAAACAAUGUGAGACAAGCUGAAUUUCAGUUCAUACAAUCAUUCAUUGAAAAUUUCAUUAAAGAUUUUAAUAUUGGCCCCAAUGACAUCCAGAUUGCUGUGGUACAGUAUAGCAACACCCCGAGAACUGAGUUCUAUUUGAACACAUAUAACACAAAAACAGAGGUGCUGAAAGCCGUAAACAAUCUUCAGCUGAAAGGUGGAGGUGAAGCUAACAUUGGAGUGGCCCUCCAAUUUCUGAUUGACUAUCACUUUACUCCACCAUCUGGGAGCAGGGCAGCACAGGAGGUUCCCCAGGUAAUGAUCCUUCUAACUUCAAGACCAUCCAGCGAUGAUGUCCGGGGUGGAGUAUUUUCAGUAAAAAAGCAGGGCACCUUUACAUUUGUUAUUGGUGUGAAAAGUGCUGAUGCAGCUGAAGCUAAUAAGAUAGCCACUGAUCCGUCAUUUACUGUGCUCAUUCCUGAUUACCGACGACUGGAUUCAACACGGCAACAACUGAUGCCUCUGUUUUCACUGGUGGCCAAAAAACAACUGGUGAUCGAGGUGCAAGAAUCUAAGGUAGAAGCCCAAGUCAGCAAGAGAGACAUAAUAUUCCUGAUUGAUGGUAGUUCCACUGUGGGAAAUGCUAACUUUUUGGAAAUUUCCAAGUUUAUUUCAAAUAUAGUCAACAAAUUUGUAAUUGGACCAGACUCUGUGCAAGUAGGACUGGUGCAAUACAGUGGUGAUGCAUGGACUGAAUUUUACUUAAAUACCCACUCGAGACAAUCUGAUUUACAAACCGCAAUAAAGAAACUCAGAUUGAAAGGCGGUUGGGAAGUCAACACUGGCAAAGCACUGGACUAUGUUUUCAGAAACCACUUUACCAGAGCGACUGGAAGUAGAAAAGAGGACGGAGUUCCCCAGCUUUUGGUCAUCAUCGCUGGAGAAAAAUCUCUGGAUGAUGUAAAGCUUCCUGCAGAGACCCUCAAGCGAGCUGCUGUAAUGACUCUGGCCAUUGGAGUAAAUAACGCAGACCCAGCAGAGAUAAGCGAAAUUGCAAUUGACCCCAGCUUAGUCUUCAAUGUCGAACAAUUCCGAUCUCUCCCAAAGAUAAAGGAACAAGUGCUGACACCACUCUCGACACUGGCUGGUGUAACUAUUGUUUAUGAACAACCGACUGAACCACCUAAAAAAGUAGUGGACAAGAAAGACAUAGUGUUCCUUAUUGAUGGAUCAUUCAGCAGUGGAAGAAGAAUUUUACCUGCUGUCCAGAACUUCAUCAUAAAAACAGUUGAUGCCUUUGACAUUGGAAGUGAUGCUGUACAAGUAGGCCUAGUACUGUACAGUGAUCUUUCAGACUCUGAGUUCUUUUUAAACACCUACUCAACAAAAGAUGAAAUAAUCUCUCAUGUAAGAAGACUCAGGCCGAGAGGUGGCACUGUUCUCAAGACUGGAGAAGCCUUGAAAUAUGUUCUUAAGUAUCUUUUUACUAAAUAUUCAGGAAGCAGACACGAAGAGGGUGUCCCCCAAUUCCUGGUUCUCAUUACUGGUGGAAGAUCAAGAGAUGACGUAAAGGAAGCCUCGGAAACACUUUCACGAGCCGGCAUUAAAACUUUGGCCAUUGGAUUUGAGGAUUCCAUAAAGCGACAACUUCGAGAGGUUAGUUUGGACCCCAGCUUGGCUCUUGAUAUGAAAGAUUUACGUUCCCUACAAGAAAUAGAGUGGGAUGCGCUUUUCCCCUCAUCAACUCUAAAUAGUGUGACACAAACCUCUGUCCUACCGAUAUCUCCGACUGCCAAAGUUGUAACCAAAGCAGCCAAGAAAGAUAUUGUUUUCUUAAUUGAUGGAUCAUUUCAUGUGGGAAACAGAAAUCUACCAGCCAUUCGCAGCUUUAUCACAAGUAUAAUUGAGAGCCUGGAUAUUGGAAGUGACAAAGUACAAGUAGGCCUUGUACAGUACAGUGAUGCCGUAACACCCGAGUUUUAUCUAAACACCUACUCAUCAAAAGAUGAACUCAUUGCUAAAGUAAAGAAACUCACCCUGAGGGGAGGCAACGAGGUCAAGACUGGGGCAGCCCUGGAUUACGUUCAUAAGUAUAUCUUCACCAAAUACGCAGGAAGCAGGAAAGAAGAAGGUGUUCCACAGUUUUUGGUUAUUAUUACAGGUGGACGGUCAAGGGAUAAUAUCAAAGGACCUUCAGAUGCCCUGCUACGAGCUGGUGUGAUGACUUUAGCCAUCGGAGCUAAGAAUGCAACAAGACAGCAGCUACAAGAGGCUGCUUUAGAACCCAGUUUGGUUUUCAAUGUGAAGGAGUUUAAAUCACUUCCAGAGAUUAAGCAGGAUGUGCUGUUGCCAUUAUCAACUCUCUCCGGUGUGAAGAUUAUUUCUGAAACGCCAACAGUAAAGAGUAUCAAUGGAGAAAACGUUGAUACCCAGGAGCGAGACAUUGUGUUCUUGAUUGAUGGCUCAUUGGGAACCGCUGCUUCAUUUCCUUUUGUCCGAGAAUUUCUCCGUGGCACCAUCGAACAGCUCAACAUUGGGGAGAACAUGAGUCACGUUGCGGUGGUGCAGUACAGUGACAAGGCAAGAGUCGAGUUUCCCCUGAAUGCUUACUUGAACAAAGAUGAUGUUCUGGUUGCAGUGGAGAAUUUGAGGCCAGUAGGUGGAAGAGGGCUGAAUACAGGGGCUGCAAUAGAGCAUGUCAUCAGGAACGUCUUCUCCGCGGCCGCUGGGGGCAGGCAAGUCGCCAACAUACCACAGAUCUUGGUCCUCCUCAUUUCUGGAAAGUCAAAAGACAAUGUUAGGGAGGCAGCAGGUGCAUUGAAGAGAGCUGCAAUCGUCACCUUUGUCGUAGGUGCUGCAGAUGCAGACGGCCAGGAGCUGCAAGAGAUUGCAUACUCUCCCAAUCUGCUGUUUGUGGUCCAAGACUUCAAGUCACUUCAUGAGAUCCAGGAUCAGCUGCUUCAGCCCUUGAAGACACUCAUCAUUGAAGUCAUUAAAAUGCCAACUGGAGUUAAGGAAGGCCAUAAGCGAGAUAUUGUUUUCCUUAUUGAUGGUUCUUCAGAUGUGGGAACAUUCUUUUAUUUAAUUCGAGACCUUGCUAUCAACUUAAUCCGAAACUUCAAUAUUGCAAAGGACAAAGAUCAAGUAUCAGUGGUGCAAUAUAGUGACAACGUAAGGGUUGAAUUUCCUUUAAAUGCAUACUCAACUAAAGAGGACCUCUUGGCUGCAGUCAAAAGGCUGCAGCUCAAAGGUGGGAGCAAGCUCAAGACAGGAGCAGCACUGGACUUUGUCAGGAGGAACGUCUUCAGCAAGUCCGGUGGGGGAAGAAAGCACUUGGGCAUCUCACAAAUACUGCUACUCAUCACCUCUGGAAAGUCGCAGGAUGAUGUGAAGCGGCCCUCAGAAGAGCUAAAGCGAGCUGGGGUGGUGCCAUUCACCAUUGGUGUGGGAGCAGUGGAGGCCAGUGAACUGCGUCAAAUUGCAUAUUCCCCCAAACUGAGUUUUCAGGUUGACGACCAUUGGGGUCUUUCUGAGAUAGACCUGCACCUGCUCAGCAUCUCGCAGAACACUGAGAAUGUUCCCAUACCACUUACCAUCAGCACAGGUGUCGAUAGAAGAGAUAUAGUUUUCCUCAUCGAUGGUUCUUCCAAGAUUGGAAAAGGAUUUCAAGCAGUUCGUAAGUUUAUGGUGAAGACAGUUGAUAGCUUUGAUGUUGGAGAAGCAAAAGUUCAAUUUGGUGUGGUCCAAUUCAGUGAAAAUCCAAGAACUGAAUUCCUUCUAAACACUCAUUCAACUAAGAAAAACGUUUCGGUCGCUAUCAAGAGACUCAAACUGAAGCGUGGCCAAAAAAUCAACAUUGGUCAGGCACUGGACCAUGUCAUGAAGAAUGUAUUUAUCAGCUCAGCAGGAAGCAGGAUCAACAGUGCUAUCCCACAGAUUCUGGUUCUCAUCACUUCUGGGAAGUCGAAUGAUGAUAUUUCACAGCAGGCAGAUAAAUUAAGGGAGCUUGGAAUUGUGUUAUUUGGGAUUGGCCUAAAGAAGGCUGACCAAACGGUACUGGAGCCAUUGGUAUACUCCCCCACCUUAGCUUUUCCUGUGAAAACCUUCCAGGGUUUGCUCAACAUUCAGAAUCAACUCCAGCAAAUAAUAAAGACAGUAGCCGUGGAAGUUGUUGAAACUCUGGUUGAAGACAAAUAAAUGACUUUCCAGGUGGCUGUGGCUGUGUGAAUUUAUUGGUUUAUAAUAAGCAACCUCCAAACUUUGUGUGGUAACUAGACCAAUAAGGCGAUCACUGAGAAAGGAAUUGGUUCAAACUCAAUUGCAAGUCAAACAGCAGGAUUAUCAUGUCUUUGAGUGUUGUUGUGUUAAGAAUUUUAGUCUUUCAGUGAUUGCUGCUACUACAAAUUUAGAACAUUAUCUAUUCUCUGUAUAUUUAAAAAGAAACAAUCUGUACUUAAUGGAAAAACUGGUGUGCACAACUUACCUAGUGUGCAUGAGAUCAAGAGGCUUCAAUGUAAAUGCAAUGUAAGAUCAUGUACUCUGUUAAUGCUAGGCCCACUCUGAUUAUAUUUGUGUGCUGUCAGAGGAGCUCACACAUAAUAGUUGUUGAACAUCACAAUAAUUGUAACAAAUGUUUUACCUUCUCUGUUAAACUAGGAGUGCCGAGAAGAGUAAGUUUUGAAAUAUAAAUAUAUAUAAAAAACAAAUAUAAAGUUGAUAUAUAGAGUUGAUUUUUUUCCAAAAUAAACAUUGCUUUUUGAACCAUCA